AUGUCAUACAGUUCUAUCAAUCCAAUGAAUUUUCUUGGAGGAAUACAUCUGUAUUAUCCUGUAUCCAUGGCAACCACUAGUACAAGAGGAGACUUUGAGAAUUACAUUGCAAGGUUAAAGGGAAUGCCUGGCCUGAUCCAGGAUGUUAUGGAAUCCUUUGAUAAAGCGAUUGAACUCAACAGAACUCUUCACCGAUAUUCUAUAGAGCAAGUUCCGGAUCAAAUCGCGCAGCUUCUGGUCAAUGUCACAGAGGAUUCAUACUUCUAUUGGCCUUUCAAAGAAAAACUCAAUGCCACCGAGUACAUUUCGGAUGCAGAUAAGUUGGACUUACAAGCGAGAGCGGCUUCUGCUGUCCAGGCAGUUAAUCAGUCAUAUGCAAACUUAAAGGAUUAUAUACAAAAUGUCUACCUGUUACACACCAGACCUUAUACUGGCGUUAACUCUCUGGAGAACGGUGAAGAAUACUACAGGGCAUGUCUUAAGUGGCAUCUGUCGACAGACAUGUCGCCGGAUGAGGUCCACAAUAUAGGUUUGCAGGAGGUUGAAAGAAUUUACCAAAACAUGUUAAAAGUAAUGAAGAAACAACAAUUCGAAGGGACCGUUAAGGAGUACUUUGCAUCUUUGAAUAAUGAUUCCCGUUUUGUAUAUGAUGACGCGGAUCAAAUCAUUAAGGAAUAUGAGAACAUAAUCCACGACAGAAUUGAUCCAGUACUUCCGCAAUUUUUCAAGGAUAUUCCAGAUAUACCUAUCGUGGUUCGGAAAAUGUCGUACGAUGGUCCCGGAGGAGGAUACGGCUCUGCGACGGAGGAAUAUCCCGGGGUCUUUUAUGUCAACCUAUUUCGACCAAGGGAAAAUCCAGUGUACGAGUUCAUGAGCCUGGCCUUACACGAGGCAAGCCCUGGGCACCAUCUACAGCAUAUAUAUGGCUUACAAGCUAACUUGCCUGAAUUCCGACGACAACCUGAACUUUCCUUUUAUGAAGUUCCAUUCUAUUUUCCCUUCUAUACUGCCUAUGUUGAGGGAUGGGCGUUGUAUGCAGAGUACCUUGGAGAGGAGAUGGGUCUCUAUAAAGAUGACUACGAGUUAAUGGGACGAUACAGUGCUGAAAUGCUGCGAGCCUGUCGUUUAGUGGUUGAUACUGGUCUUCAUUACUUUAAUUGGGAGAAGCAAAGAGCAGUAGACUUUAUGUUGAAUUACACAGCCUACUCAGUUGAGGCAGUGAACAUAGAGGUGAACCGGUAUAUCACGUGGCCGGGACAGGCCUGCGGUUACAAGAUCGGAGAAAUUCGCAUGAGAGAACUUAGGUCAAAGGCAGAAGCUGAACUGGGUUCUUUCUUUGACCUUCGUGACUUCCAUUCUGUGAUUCUCGUUAAUGGUCCUAUGCCGCUAAGCGUACUGGAAACAACAGUCAAUGACUGGAUUAUGACGACGAAGAAAAAUGUACCAACAACAUCAGCUGCUACCGUUGUUCAACUCAGUGAAAUCAUCCAUAUUAUUUGUUUACUGAGCUGUGUUGUAUUACGAUGUGCAUUUGCUUAA